GGGAAAGCCAUGGUGACCCAGAGCUACUUCGUGCUGCAGUUAGCGGCUUCCUGCCCUCAGCAGCUGGAGGGAGUCCGGGGAAACUCAGCGGCGGAAGCCUGCCUUCAUCAAGUCGGCCUGGAUGGCAGGGACACACUGGUGCAAAGCCUGUCGAAAGCACAAGCAUUAUUGGUUGCAAGCGUUUUUUGGACUGUGGGACGGAUGAAAGGUGCAAGCUGUAGGAAGCCCAGCUGGGCUGUAACUGCUCUGUUUAUCCCAGUAACCCUGCUGAUGCUGACCCUCGGGGGGGCAUCAAGCAGCCAAAAGAUGUCACAAACCGCUAUGGCUCGUGCAACAGAAACGGCUGCAGGACCAGGCCCCAGCAUGACAGAUGACCUCCCGGGCCUCCAGGCAAUAGCUGACUUCUUAGCCAGUGAACAUGCGCAUGUUUGGCUCCUGUCUCUGGUGGGCUCUGUUGCUGUUGGUCUCAGUGGGAUAUUCCCCUUGCUUGUCAUUCCCAUUGAAGCUGGAGCAGCCCUCAAAACUGAAGCUGGAUGCCGGAAGCUGAAGCAGCUCUUGAGCUUUGCCAUUGGUGGUCUCCUUGGCGAUGUAUUCCUUCACCUGCUUCCUGAGGCGUGGGCGCACUCUGGCUCUUCAGCUGGUAAACAAAACCACUACAUGACCCAGGGCCUGUGGGUAAUAGUUGGCCUGUUGGCCUUCCUACUCCUGGAAAAGAUGUUUCCAGACCAAGACAACCAGGAGGAACCCACUUCAGAGUCAGACCUGAAUUUUAACUCUGCUACACAUUCUAAUUCAGUUUUCACUGGAAAGCCAGUUGUGUCUCUCAUAAAUGGACACCAUGCUGAGUCAUGGAAAUCCUCCAAGCAACAGAAUCUGCAGGAAGGAUCAGGGAAAAUCAAGACAAGUGGAUACCUAAACCUACUGGCCAACUGCAUUGACAACUUCACCCAUGGACUGGCAGUAGCAGGGAGCUUCCUGGUUAGCAAAAAGGUUGGGUUCCUCACCACCUUUGCCAUCCUGUUUCAUGAAAUCCCACACGAGGUGGGAGACUUUGCCAUUUUGCUGAGGGCUGGGUUUGACCGGUGGAGCGCCGCUCGCAUGCAGCUGUCCACAGCGCUGGUCGGGGUCCUUGGAGCUUGUUUCGCUCUGUGUGCUCACUCACCACAAGGCACAGAAAAUGCCACUGCCUGGAUAUUGCCUUUCACCUCUGGAGGCUUCCUCUACAUCGCGUUGGUGAAUGUGGUGCCUGACCUGCUGCAAGAGUCCAAUUUAAGACAGUCCCUACUGCAGAUCCUCCUUAUUUUCUGUGGCGUGGCUGUUAUGGCUCUGCUUUCCGCCAUUGUUGACUAACCAUAGAGGAAACGCUCCUCCACUGGCCUUACCAGAGACUAAAAGUGAGAACCGUGGGGAAAUCCUGUUCCUGUAUCAACCCCUAAUAUCUGGUAUCGCUCACUCAUGGAAGCUUCAUCUCAAUGAAGAGAUUACACCUCUCUGAUAGCCUCAUCGUUAUCAUGUUACACUAAAACAAAUAUUUGACAAAAGAGCAGCACUUUGCGGAUGGAUGACUGAAAGGAAGAACUGUUGACAGGACAUUUUUGUGGACACUUUAUAAUGUGCCAGACUUAAAGAUCAAAUGACUUCAGAGGGAUUUUUAUGGAUAUCCAAAUGGUCUUAAAUUGUUGAUCAGACAAUCAUGUUGUAUUUGCACAGAAAUUCACACCUGACGUACCUGCUCAACAUAAAUGGUAUUAUUGGACCUCUACAAGCACCUCCAUCUUUAAAAUGUAUUCUUCCCUAAAUAGUUUGAACAUUGUGUGUAUUGUUACUGAUGUAGCUGCUGCAUAUUUAUUGAAAAUGAGACAAGCUAACGUACAGCUUUAUCAGACAUACACCGCCGCCACCACCUUCACCACUCCAUCAUGUGUCUUGUUAAGAAAUAAGUGCCAAGAAGUCAGGAUGGUCUGUUUCACUAGUGUCAGGUUGACAUCAAAGUAUUUUGUCUUAUUUUUUCUUGUUGUGUCUUCCUCAUACAAUACAACCUGCAUCUGUUAAGAGUAAGAGUUAGCAUUCGCUAAAACUGUUUGAAUAAGUUGAAAGUAAUUUAAGAAAACAAUUGGUACUGUUUGUUAAUAUUCAGUUUUGACUUAAACUUGUUUCCAAGAUUUUUGCAAGACUGAAGGGACAGACACUUAAGUGUACAGGAUUUUUCAUAUCGCUGUGUUGUUUAUGUACCUCCUGGUGAAAGUUUCUACCCCUGAAGAAAUAAAGAUAUAUCUAUUUAAAAAAAACAACACGUGAGGAAAACUA